UUUUUCUGCUUUCUUUUUUUCAACAGUUGCAGAUUUGAUCUCUUCUGAGCUCUUUGCAGUGUCUGGACUACUGGGCCUCUAAAAGUCUACAGACAGUUAUCGUUCAGUCCCUGGGAUUGCCCUCCCUGCUUCUUCUCAUCACCUUCCCCUCUCCCCUUUUCCCUCCUAUAAAACUCCCGUGCAUUGUGGGAUUGCCAUGGAGCCACGGGAGACCUUAGGCAGCUCCCGGCAAAGGGGAGGCGAGGCGGAUUUCUUGCCAGCUACUGUUGCCUCUGCAAAGCCUCCACCUGCUUCCAGCUGCGCGGGGGAAACCAUAUUGCCUGCUUCAGGCUCCGGGAAAGGGAUCCCAGUGAGUGGAGAAAGGAUGGAGCCAGAGGAAGAGGAUGAGCUGGGUUCUGGGAGAGAUGUGGAUUCCACUUCCAAUGCAGACAGCGAGAAAUGGGUGGCCGGGGAUGGCUUGGAGGAGCAGGAGUUUUCCAUCAAGGAAGCAAACUUCACAGAGGGGAGUUUAAAACUGAAAAUCCAGACCACCAAGAGAGCUAAGAAGCCCCCAAAGAACCUGGAGAACUAUAUCUGUCCACCCGAGAUCAAGAUCACCAUCAAGCAGUCUGGGGAUCAGAAACUCUCCAGAGCUGGGAAAAAUAGCAAAGCGGCUAAAGAGGAGGACAGAGGGCACUUCAAAAAGAAGGAAAAUGCCAAGGAGCUAGAAGGCGAGUUCGAGAAGAGAAGGUUUAAAUUCCCCGUACAGAAUCCAGUGACUAAACCUGUCAAUAAGGUUUAUGACCGGCCGCAAAAGCACUCUGCUCUGCACUACGACCCAGGCCUCCAACAAGACUUCACCAGUGACACCUUAAAAUCAAAGCACCAGCAAAAAAGUAGCAACCAGCACCAUCUUGACUGGUCAGCAAGCUCUGACGCUGGAUCUGCUUCUCAGAGUUGCUUCAUCAAUACAGAGUCCAGUCGAGAAGCAACCAGUGCUACCAAGGUUCCUGCUCCGGAGCCAGUUGUUUCCUUCAGCAAGUCCCAGGCAAAGAAAUCUGGUGCAGGCAGCACGUGGGCUCAGUUGUCAACCAAUAGCAAAGAGCAUGCUGUUUGCAGUGCAGUUCCAUCACCCAAUAACCUCACCACCGCAUCCCAGCCUAGCAAUCCAUCAGAGUGCAAUGUGCUCCAUCCUCUAGUGGAUCAAGAGGGAGCCGGGCAAAUCGAGGCCCCAGAUCAGCCCUCUGGGAACACGAAGAAGAAGUCUAGCAAAAAAGACUUCAUAACUCAAACCAUCCAAAACUCAGAUGUAGAAUGGGUGAAAAGUGCUCAGAAAGCAUUUGAGAGCAAAGCCCACGAGAGCGUGGAAGGGAAGAAGGAAUCCUAUUCAAUGGACAGUAUGCGCGAAGCAUCACCCGCGAAGCAGAAUCCCAGUUCUGCCAGCGGUUCUGAGAGUGAUGCCAGUCACGUACGAAUUACUAUCCCGAUAAAGACUCCCACAGCAGAUGCAUCAAGUCACAAAAGGAAAAAAAGGCAGUCUGCAAAAUCUGCCACGGACAAAAUAAUCCAGGAGAAAAGCCUGCCUUCUGGACUCCCCCUGAGCAGUGAAUUAGCAAACAGGACUAGUUUACAACCUGAGGGAAAUAAAAAAGAUUUCCGAGCCACAAAGCAAGGGAAAGUGAUUGAGAAUGAGUCCCCAUUGGUAGAUCUUGAAAGCAGUGGGAUCGCUGACAAAGCUUCCCCAAGCAGUGCAAGUAGGCUCAGAAAAUCUGCAGCUAUGAUGCCCGCUUCAGCACCCGUCGACCUUCCUCCAUCGAGCAAGUUAGCAGAGAUCCAGCACCCAAAACUCGCAGCCAAGCGGAGAUGGACCUGCAGCAAACCUAAAAACAUCCUUCGGGAAACCUCUGUGACAACGUCUGAGAAGCUGAUGGUGGAGCCUCCUUCAGCCUAUCCCAUCACUCCAUCCAGCCCUUUGUAUACCAAUACGGAUAGUCUGACUGUGAUUACGCCUAUCAAGAAAAAAAGAGGACGACCAAAGAAACAGCCUUUGCUCACGGUUGAAACGAUUCACGAGGGAACCUCCACCAGCCCGGUCAGUCCGAUCAAUCGGGAAUUUCCCGGCACAAAGAAAAGGAAGCGGAGACGAAACCUGGCCAAGUUGGCCCAGAUGGUCCCCGGAGAUGACAAAUCCAUCAGCGAACUCAAGUUUCACAAAAAGGUCGGGAAGCUCGGUGUGUUGGAUAAGAAAACCAUCAAGACCAUCAACAAGAUGAAGACCCUGAAGAGGAAGAACAUCCUGAAUCAGAUCUUGUCCUCCUGCUCCAGCAACAUAGCUCUGAAGACAAAAACACAGCCACCAACGAGCACUGGGGCUGCAACCAUCGAUGCCAGGCUAGGGAAGCAGAUAAACGUCAGCAAGAGGGGGACUAUCUACAUUGGCAAAAAACGGGGCAGGAAGCCAAGAGCAGAGCUGCAGCCUCCGCCAGAAGAACCUAAGACAGCCAUCAAGCACUCAAGGCCUGUUUCUAGCCAGCCAGAAAACCCAGCAGUGCCUUCCAACUUGCAGUCACUUGUGGCAUCGUCACCAGCAGCUAUUCAUCCGCUUUCAACACAGUUAGUGGGGUCUAAUGGCAACCUUAGCCCUGCAAGCACUGAAACGAAUUUUUCCGAGUUAAAAACUAUGCCAAAUCUUCAACCCAUCAGUGCUCUUCCUACAAAAACCCAGAAAGGAAUGCACAGUGGAACUUGGAAGCUGUCCCCACCCAGGUUAAUGGCAAACUCGCCUUCCCAUCUGUGUGAAAUAGGUUCGCUGAAAGAAGUCACCUUGUCACCAGUGAGCGAGUCUCACAGCGAGGAAACCAUACCAAGCGACAGUGGGAUAGGUACAGACAACAACAGCACUUCUGACCAAGCAGAAAAAAGUUCAGAAUCCCGCAGGAGGUACUCCUUUGAUUUCUGCACCCUGGACAAUCCAGAGGCCAUGCCGUCAGACACCAGCACAAAAAACAGGCAUGGUCACCGGCAGAAGCAUCUCAUCGUUGAUAACUUUCUCUCGCACGAGAGCAUUAAAAAACCAAAGCACAAGAGGAAACGGAAAAGCCUGCAGAACAGAGAUGACCUCCAGUUUCUUGCAGAUCUUGAGGAGCUCAUCAACAAGUUUCAAGUGUUCAGGAUUUCCCAUAGAAGCUACACGUUUUAUCAUGAAAAUCCAUAUCCCAGCAUCUUCAGGAUUAAUUUUGAUCACUAUUACCCUGUGCCAUAUAUCCAGUACGACCCAUUGCUCUAUCUUCGCAGGACCUCUGACAUGAAGUCUAAGAAGAAGCGUGGUAGACCUGCCAAAACCAAUGACACCAUGACAAAGGUGCCUUUUUUACAAGGGUUCGGUUACCCUAUUCCCAGUGGGAGUUACUAUGCACCCUAUGGAAUGCCUUACACAUCAAUGCCUAUGAUGAAUCUUGGUUACUACGGUCAAUAUCCAGCUCCUUUGUACCUGUCUCACACGCUCGGAGCGGCUUCUCCAUUUAUGAGACCUACGGUGCCCCCGCCCCAGUUCCAUGCAAGCUCUCAUAUGAAGAUGUCCACCACUGCCAAACACAAAGCAAAACAUGGAGUGCACUUGCAAACACCUGUGGGAAUGAGUCUUGGAGACAUGCAGUCUUCCUUGGCUCCUCCAAAGGUCGGCGCCACCAGCCUGUCUAGUGGCCGACUUCACAAAAGGAAACACAAACAUAAGCACAAGCAUAAGGAUGAGCGGCUGUUGGGGACACACGAUGAUCUGAGCGGUCUCUUUGCUAGCAAGUCCACUGGCUUUUCCAGCCACGCGAUCAACGAACGGCUGAGCAACUCAGACAAAGACCUCUCCUUGCUCAACGAGAAAAGCAAGCAUAAGGAGAAACAGAAGCACCAGCAUUGUGAAACCGGACACAAAGGCUCAAAGAGCAACUUUGAAGUGGAUACGCUGUCUACACUAUCACUUUCUGAUGCCCAGCAGUGGACACAGAGUAAAGAUAAAAGUGACUCGAGCGGUGAUCCUGUUGACUCUUGCACAAAGAGAUACUCCAGCAACGCUGAGAGUAACGCGAGGUCAGAGUCCCUGGACAUGUUCGGUGACAUGAACUCCUCGAGUGAAAAGCGGGACAACGAUACAAGUGGGAAUAAAAGGAGAAGCUUUGAAGGGUUUGGAACUUACAGGGAAAAAGACAUUCAGCCCUUCAGGACAAAUCGGAAGGACAGAAGCUCCUAUGAGUCUUCAGCCUCUUCAGGAAUUGCAAGUCCCCACUUGAAAGCAGACCAGACUUCACUUCAUAGCAAAAUGGAAAGUUCUGCCUGUAACAUGAUGACCAGAAGGAAACCAGCAGCUGUUGAAAGUGUUGCAAUGCCACCAACUCCAGUAUUAUCUCUCCUACCUUCAUCAUCAGCAACAUCUGAAGCAGCGGCCAGCCCACCACUGAAGAAAAGAUUCAAGCGCCGUGAAAUCGAAGCAAUCCAGUGCGAGGUGCGCAAGAUGUGCAACUACACCAAGAUCCUGUCCACAAAAAAGAACUUGGAUCACGUGAACAAAAUCCUGAAAGCCAAGCGGCUGCAGAGACAAUCAAAGACAGGCAAUAACUUCGUCAAGAAGAGGAGAGGACGUCCCAGGAAGCAACCUCUUUCAUUCGACGAAGACUCCAGAGACCAAAUGCCCGUUCUGGAAAAAUGCAUUGACCUUCCCAGCAAAAGAGGUCAGAGACCCACACUGAAUCCUUUAAUAUUGGAACAAGCAGCCACUCAAGAUACAAUCAUGGCCACCAUCGAGGCUGUAAUACACAUGGCUCGGGAAACCCCGCCGCCUCCCCCUCCCCUACCACCACCCCUGCCACCUCCUCCCCCACCUCCUUCCCGGACUCCCAGAGUUGGAAAGAGAAAAAACAAGCCACAGCAGCAGCAGCAUGAGGAGGAGGAGGAGGUGAAAGUGAAAAGGCAUCGGAAAGCUAGAGGAAGCGAAAGCGAAGCCCUUCCCUAGUACAGACACACUCAGUCAAAUGCCAGUACCAGGUGCUGAGCGCUUCAGGACUGACACACGGUGAAGUGUGUAAGGGGUGCAGGCUCCACUUGACACCUGCUGCAGCAACAGACUCCCUCUUCUUUUCAGUAGCAUGGCAGCCGUAACCGUUCAGAGAGAAUUGACCAAUCAUCAUCAUCAUCAUUGUUGUUGUCUUUGGCACUAGCCCUUAGGGGGAAAAUGGGGAUGGCGGGUGGCGGGGUGGGGGUUGUCAAAGUUAGCCAGACCAUCUGCUUUGCAGAGUUUCCAAAUCAAAUCAGCAUCUCAGCAUUGCUGUUCUCAUCCCUUGAAGUGGAAGGUCGUCUUCUCAGUAAGUAACUGAACAUUAUCUUUAGAGCUGCAUACUCGACUCUGAUUUUGUUUGGUGGGCCAGGUGAAACUAAGAGUAACCAUAUUAUAGUAGAAAUCACUGUAAAAAUAGUGUAUUUUCCUAAAUUGUGAUCUUGGUUAUGAUCUGCUUGAAUUCUUUUUUUUUUUUU